AUGAUUCAAUCCCUUUAAAUCGCUGAACUAUUUUUACCUUAAGAUAUACGAAAAUUUAUUUCAAAUACAAAGUAAACAAAUAAAUCAGUGAUGGAUGCAGAAAACUAUUCAAUAGAUAAUCAUUAAUAAUACUCUUAAUUAUUUAAAGGAUAAGAAAAUUUAGAAACUAUAAAAAGAAAAUAAAUUUUAUUAAAUUAGUUAUGCUAAAAGCAAAUUUAAGAUUUCUUAUCUAAAUAUCAAUUCACAUAAUAAUUAAAUAUAACAAAGAUAUUUUAAUAAUUUUAUUCUGAAAAAUAUAGAUGUUGUUUUAUAAACUUGAAUGAAAUAUCAAACAACUUACCUAAUUAUCUAUAGAAUACAGAAAUUGAAUAAUUCAAUGAUUAAAAACUUAAUUAAACAAUUGAUGAACUUUCUUCACUUUUUAUUGAAUAUAUUAAGGGAUAAUUUAAUUAAGAAUCAAUUAUCUAAGAAUUUAUUAAAAACUAUUAAGACAUUUUUAGAAAAGCCUACGAUUCUAUAAUUCAAGCUUGUACAAUAAUUAAAGAGAAUAAAAUUCCUUUAUUUUAAAUUAAGGUUUUGAUAAAUAAUCUUUUUACUUAAAAUUAUAAAUAUUUGCAUGAUGAAUUAUAAAACUUCUACAAUUUUAAAUUAUCUUAUGCUAUUUUAUCAAGAUAUGUAUAAAAAACACUUGAUCAUUAAUUAUUUUAAUUAAAAUCUUCUCUUCAAAUCUUUAUGAAAAAUGAAAAGGUUCAUUAAGAAUUAAAAUUAAAAUCUAAUUAACUUUUCUAUGAAUAUUUUUAGAAGAAAGACUUCCUCUUAAUAAAAAAUAAAGAAUUUGCUACCUAAUUGUUUUACUUAUUGUUAUAAACUGAUUUGGAAUCAAAAGAAAUGUUAAAUAUUUUAGAUUUGUUAUCUUAAUAUACAGAAAUUGCAAAAAUAAAUAGUUCAUAAGAUGCUUAAUACACUAUAAAACAAAUAAAAAAUAUCUAUUUUAAAUAAAUUGAAUAGGCUAAACUUUUUUGGAAAAAUGUUAUUACAGAAUAAUAAAAUUUAUAAUUAAUUUUUGAUCUAUUCAUUUUCUUAAAUGAUAAUCUUUUUGUGAAUGAUUAAUUAUUGUUUUCAUAAUAUUAACCAGUAAAAAAAAAUAUUAUGAUGAAGAUAAGUAAUUUAAUGAAAGAAGGAUAUUAUGGAUAUUUUAAUAGUAAUUUAAUUAAUAGAUUUGAAAUUAUAAUAGAAGAUAUUAGAAAUUAAAUAUUUAAUCAACUUGAAAAAAGGAAAUAAAAUAUGGAAUUAUCUGUAAUAAUUUAAGGUCAUUAAUUCUUCAUAAAAAUUUAUGAUUAAUACAAUUACACUUAAGAAUUUCUUUAAGAAUAAUUUUAUUAAAGGAAUACUUUAUUUUAUAGGAUAUAAAAUUUUUAAACUAAUAGUUAAAUAAGGUAUAUUAAAAAUUUACUGAGUGAAAUAUAGAAAAAUUAUUUAAAUGAUAUUUGUAUUCCAGAAAGAAUUGAAUUCGAAAUACGGUCAUCUGAACUGGAGUCAUCAUCUGUAGUUACUUUAUUCAUUUCAGGAUUUACUGAUUUAGAAGUAUAGAAUACUAUUUUAGAAGGAUUAAAAGAUUAAAAUAUUAUAAUUUUAAAUUGGAAUAAUCUUAAAAAAGAAAAUAAUAUAACUGUGAAAUUGAUGAUAGCUGUUCAAUAAAUUUUAUAAUUAUAAUCUCCUUUGAAAACAGUUGUAAACGCAUUAAAAGCCUAUGCUAAUGCUCCAUUUUAAUAAUCAUGUUAAGAAGCUAAACUAGUUGGAAAAUACUUAGCACAUUUAUUAAUUGAAAAAAAGAUCAACAGUAAUGUAUGAAAUGAUGAAAGAACUAGACAAUAGAACUACAACAUAAAUUAUUAAUGAAAUACUGAUAUUAGGAGGAAUAGUGGACAUAAGGAAACUUAAAAAAUGA